UGAGGCGAACGCACGUCGUUUAUGUCGCGCGCGUCUUUUCAAACCCCUGCUUUUUGAAAGAGCCCCACGAAAACCGAAACUGAAAACUGAGUCAAACGAACAACACGCACACUCGCCAGCUUUGUGUGCGUAUGAGUGUGUGUGUGUGUGUGUGUGUGUGUGUGCGAGUGACCACUAAAAGUAAUAUCGUGUUUACAAAAAAGAAGUAAAAUAGCCGUAAUACUACACAAACAAAAACGAAAAAGUGCAAGUGCGACAGCAAUCAUAACAGAAACUUAUUCAAGGCAAACCUGAGGAAGUGCAUGCAGUGAAAAUGGAAAAUCUGUGAGCCUUACGCUUGAAAUGCCGCCUUUGUUGUGCAUGCCGAAAACAUUUGUCAAGCAUUUGUUGUUGUUGCUGGGAAAAGCUGAGAAAACUGUUGCGGUUGCGGUUAAUUAAAGCGCGAAAAGUGGAACACAAGCAGUAAUCAUCCGACAACCCCAAAACUAGCCAAAAUUAGAAAUAGUCGAAACGACAGGAAAAGGGGGAAAACUAAAAGUAAAUUUCUGUUAAAGCAAGGGCUAAACUUUUGCAUCAUCAGUUUUUAUAGUUGGUUGUUAUGGUUCUCUAAAAUACCUUAAGAAUAAGGCAGCACUAAAAGGGGAGCCCCCAGAACAACAACUUAAUGUCCAAAUGAAAUAAGUGAAAUUUUCACACCGAAAUUAAUAAAGACAUUAGUGCGUGUGGGCGUGGCUCAUUUGGGGCAUUUAACGUUGGCAAAUAUGUGUGCCCUGGAUCCCUUUACCCAGCACCAGCUGCCGCACCACCAUAAAACCGAGCACCACCAAUGCCACCAACAGCUGAGGGUGGAGCAACAGGCUCCGGGAACGAGGAAAUCGGCCACAGGAAGGACGGCGGCCACGAGUUUGCAGAUCUGGUAUAUCCUACAUGUGAUUCUAGUCCUAAUCGACAUUACCAGUUCGCUGACAAUGACCGAGGUGAAGAUACCCAAUCACAUAAUGCGCCUGAAGAGCGCCACCCUGGGCUGUCGUUACGCCCUCGACGGGGAGUCCUUGUACUCGGUGAAAUGGUAUAAGGACGGCAACGAGAUCUACCGCUAUCUGCCACGCAACAAGCCCCCCGGAGAGGUGUUCCCACUGCCGGGCGUCAACAUCGAUCUGCGUAACUCCUCGGACACCCAGAUCCUCCUGCGCCGCGUUACUUUGCAAAGUUCCGGAGUAUAUCGGUGCGAGGUGUCCGGCGAGGCGCCCGCAUUCAACACCGUAUCCGAAUCGGAGACCAUGACCGUUGUGGUAACUCCCAACCACGGACCGAAGAUAACCGGUGGGCAGCCGCGCUACCAAAUUGGAGACACCGUCCGGGUGAAUUGCACCUCGUCGCCGUCCAAGCCCGUCUGUCACCUAAGCUGGCUAAUUAACGGGGAGCCAGUGCAGAAGACCCACCUGCGGCAGUUUGACAAGGUGGUGGUUAAUCGGGAUGGACUGGAGAUGGCCCGCCUGGGAUUGGAGUUCCGGGUGAGGGCUUACCACUUCAAGCACGGCGACAUGAAGUUGAAGUGCGUGGCCAAGAUCAGUUCAUUAUAUCUGCAGAGCAACGAGGAGAGUGUGGAAAGCGAUCGCCAGCAGCGGGCUCCGGCCUUGGAAUCUCGUGAGACGGUGGCGGCCAAAUCCAGCACGAUUGCCGCUGCCACUUCGAAACUUCCUUCUUGCCUAGUGGCAUUACUGCCUUCACUUUUCCUGCUGCUGCUGUUUCAGGAUUGGACCUGGCCCCGAAACAGUUAACUAUUCAAAGAAUAAGGACUUUAAAAACUUCAGCCCUUAAACUAGCACAGCCAUUCGCAAAAAGCAGACAUAUCCUAUGCCAAAAACUUUGAGACAAAAACCAAAGGAAUUAUUUAUAUCUCAACCUUUGGUUUAACGCGAAAUUCAAUAGAUGUAUGUGUGCAUGAAAAUGGGGAAUGAGACCCCAAUUAAGAGUCAGAUAUUAUACUGAAAUAUCAAAAUAGUAACUACUCAACACGAGCAUUUAAGCAGAGGCUAAGCAACUGUAAAUAUUUACUUAUAAAUUUAGGCAAUUGUCUGUAGUGUUAAGAUAUCGUUAUUUAGGCAAAACAUUCAUUGAUCUUUUGUGAUAUUUUCUUCAUUUUGAAAGCGAAAGGAAGUAAAACAGUGUACGAUAUUAUUUGGAGUCAAACAAUUUUGUCUAACUUUGUCCUUCCUUUUCACUUUGUCUACCCUCUUUGGGCAUAUCAAAAGCAACAAAACAUUUCGAUUGUAAAAAACAUAUUUGCACUUUGAUCUACAUACCAAAUCAAGUCUAAAUCCUAACCCAACAAAACUUUUCAUUAACAUAAGAGUCUAAGCAAGUGUAAGAAAAUUGUAAAGCAAAAACUCUAAACAUUAUCAACUGAAAAAUAUACAAAUCAUAAUUAACAAAAUACCAAGCAGAAAGUAAGCUUAGCUAAGAUAAGGCAAAACUUAAAUUUGCAUUCCAAAAAUUCCUCAAAGAGAAAUAUUAUAUGUAAGAACUUUUGAUCAGAAGCCUGUAAAUAGCCUGAGAAAACGCCAAGAUAGCACAAGUUAAAAACUUUAGAAUUUGGCAAAAUAUCUAUCUAAGUGUGUGUAUGUAUCUGAAUGUAAUCAGUUUAAUCAGUGCCAAGCUGCGAGAUCUUUAUUGAAAAGAGAGAAAAUGCUAAAAUAAAUCUAGAUAUUCAUGGGUCCCUCCACGUUUUUAAAAUUAUGAUCGCUCACACGUUAAAAGUACUGAAAU